GACCUACAUGUUGUUCGGCGUGGCCGUCGGCGUGUUCUACCGCAAGAUGCGGGACCAGUACGACGACCAGCCGCACGUCACCCGCGCGAGCAGCACCGCCACCCGGUCGAGUGGCACGGAGUCGUCCACAUGGUCCCAGGCGCAGGCCCCGCUGCGGAGGGACACGAGGGCCAGCGUGGUCGCGCUGACGCAGCAGGAGAACCGCGGGCGCUUCUCUUCGAGCCUCGACUCCGAGUGCCCCCCGCACGAGCACGACUGGGACGGGGAGGAGCUCCACGCCGCCGCGCUGCGCCGCUGGGAGGAGCGGAGCCACAAGGACAAGAUACGCAAGGCCCCUCCACGCCCUC